AUGAGACUCGCAGCCGUUCCCUUCUUCCUCGUGCUCUCCGCCUCGAUAGUCCUGGCCAAGGACAGGUGGUCCUGCGUCGUGACCUGUUGGGAACAGAACAACAUCGUCAAGUUCCCCUUCUGCGGCCUCGAAUGUUUGGGGAAAACUGCUGGGAAGGAGACCCAGGUUGCCGAAGGCACCGGCUCUACUGAAGGGGAGACCAAGGAUGUCGAAGACACCCUCUCUCCUAAACAGGAGACCGAGUAUAUCAAAGGAAGCAAGACCUGCUUCGAACAAUGCGAUCACUUGGCUGAGAAUGCUGAUAGAGAGCCCUUCCAUGAAUGCUCCCAUGAAUGCACAAGAAAGAAGAUGCUGGGUUAUGGGGUAGAUUUAGGCCAGUACACUGGUUGA